GAGGAGUGCGGCAGUAGCGGGGCUUAGUCACGGUGAUAUUAAGGCGCGUGCGGAUCGAUAUCUAAGCGGUACUAUGAAAGCUUUUAGCCCAGUAAGGUCUGUACGGAAAAGCAGCCUCACCGAGCACAGCCUGGGUAUAGCUCGCAGCAAAACGCCAGUGGAUGACCCGAUGAGCCUCCUGUACAAUAUGAAUGAUUGUUACUCGAAACUCAAGGAGCUCGUGCCCAGUAUCCCCCAGAACAAGAAGGUCAGUAAGAUGGAGAUCCUCCAGCACGUCAUCGACUAUAUCCUGGACCUGCAGCUCACACUCGACUCCCACCCCAGCAUCGUCAGUCUCCAUCAUCUCCCCCGAGUGGGAGGAAACACGUCCAGGACCCCCCUGACCCCCCUAAACACAGACAUCAGCAUCUUGUCCCUACAGGCGGCUGAAUUCUCUUCAGAGUUCACAGACGAGAGCAAAUCCCUUUGUCCUUAAAAUGGUGUUCACACUGUUUCCCUUUGCACAUGACGACUACAACGACUCACUUCAUUAUCCGAGUGUUGCAGUUCAGCCAGCUCCUGGGACUCGCACAGGGAGGGGGCCACACACUCAAGGCGGCUGGAGAGAAAAUAAAAAAGACUUAUCCAGAUAUAAAUAUAUAUAUAUAUUAUUAUCCCCCUUCUCUUUCCAUCCCCCCCUCUCCCUAUUCUCCAAUCAGAGCUCCUCGGACUGCGCUUUUUAGUUAUUUAUGAAGAAGAGACUUUACUAAUGUUAUAAAUGACCUUUUCUUACACGGGGAAGGAUUGCGCUACAAUUAUCCCCUAACUAUGGGGACUGAUCGUUUUAAUAAAGGAAAAGGAAGCGACUUGCCGCAACCGCAUUCGACUUUUUGGGCGAUAAAAGGAGCGAAGAAGAUCGGGAAACUUAUUUCAGUUUUUGCUCGAAGUGUAAAACCAGAAAACCUUGAAACCUUCCCACCCCGGACUGAAUGCUCCUUUGUUGUACAUAGAGCCCAUUGUUUAACUCUUUAUUGGGAGUUAUUAUUUUGCCCCGCACCCCUCCCCCCUUGUACAGUGGCAGAGAUGGUGCUAUUUCUGCACGAGUCUAAUGAUCGCAUCACGCUAGACUUUUUAUAAAAGUUUGGUUGUAAAUGCCUUUUUUUUUAUACAGAAUAAAUCGAUCGUAUAUAUAUAUAUAUAUACACACA